UUUUAUCGGCUGGCAACCUUGCACAGUUAGUGAAAUCCAAUUUAAUUGCAGCUAAAAUUCGUUCGCUUUUUUUGUGUGCUGCAAAUAUUGUAAAUAGUUAUAUAGACCAACAAUAAUGUGCAACUUCAAUAAAUAGUAAUAAUACCAAAUAUCGUUGAUUUCGUAAAGCAAUAGCUUGCCGUAAAAUUUGUACGUGUAAAUCAGGAAAAUCGAACAACUUUCUUUUUCCAUAGUGUGAGUGCGUGUGCCUGUGUGUGUAAAGUGUGCGAGAGCUAUUGUGUGUGUGUAUGUGUGCUUGCAUGUGUAUCGCUGCCAUGCAAAUGCGAAAAAGCGCAGCGUAAAUUACAAAACUACGCAACAAUAAAAGUUAAUUAAACUAGAAAAAGUCGAGUUAAUUAUACGGCUAGCGGGAAGAUACACACGCCGAUCGUUGUCGAACGCCCACGCAAUUAAAACACACACAAUCACCUGCCGACGUCGACGUUGACGGCGCCGUCGCUGCUGCUGCUGCAGUAAACAACAGCAACUAAAAUAGAACAUAAAAAUGAAGAAAAUCCUGUCGAAGUUCGACAGAAAUGAGAAAUUGGAAAACUCGCACAACAGCUCCUCAUCCAAGGAGACUAACAGUUUCGUCGGCAAGGUCUUCACAGUCGGACGCGUCACGGUCACCGUCGAGGAUGUCUUGGCCGAAGGCGGCUUUGCCAUGGUCUUUCUGGCACGUGGCAAUGGCGGAGGCAGUGCAUCAACCACCAAAUACGCACUCAAACGAAUGUACGUCAACAAUGAACACGAUCUGAAUGUGGCCAAGCGUGAGAUACAAAUUGCCAGCAAUUUGAGUGGACACAAAAAUAUCAUCGGUUAUGUGGACUCGAGCAUUACGUCAACUGGAAACGGAGUGUGCGAAGUGCUGCUACUGAUGCCAUACUGCAAGCAUCACAUGCUGGCCAUGAUGAAUGCGAGAUUGCACGUUGGCUUCACCGAGCAGGAAGUGUUAACCAUCUUCUGUGAUAUUGCCGAGGCCGUCUCACGUUUGCAUUACUGCCAAACGCCCAUUAUUCAUCGAGAUCUGAAGGUCGAGAACAUAUUGCAAACGGAUGCUGGAAAUUUCGUACUCUGUGACUUUGGCUCGGCCACGGCUAAAACUCUGAAUCCUCAACAGCAUGGCGUCAGUGUGGUCGAGGAGGAGAUACAGAAGUAUACAACGCUGUCGUAUCGUGCACCCGAAAUGAUUGAUCUUUACAGUGGGAAGAGUAUUACGACUAAAGCGGAUAUUUGGGCUCUGGGCUGUAUGCUCUACAAGCUAUGCUUCUUUACCCUGCCUUUUGGCGAGAGCACGCUGGCCAUACAGAAUGGACAAUUCGCCAUACCAGAUAACUCCAAAUACUCGCGUGGCAUACAUCAAUUGAUUAAGUAUAUGCUCGAUACGGACAUGGAACGACGUCCCAACAUUUGGCAGGUGUGCGAAGUGGCAUUCCGGCUGGCGGGUAAAGAUAAUCCCGUACAGAAUUUGCAUAAAUCCGCUAUGCCCAAUUUUGACCAGCUGUUGGUGCCUCCGUUUGAGUCGGAGGCAAAGCGCAUCAGUGCUGCAGCCAAGGCAGCUAAGCCGCAACAAAAUGUAUCUAUAGUGGAAGCUGGCACCAGUGUGGCGCCGCGUUCGCGACCAAAAGGCUCCAGUUCAGUGCACGGCCAGAAUGCAUUGGGUCUGGGUCUACCGCCCAGUCCACUGCCUCGUCAGAAUAUAACAUCGCCGCAACCACAAGCCGUAGUCGAGCAAUUCCAGGCAAACUUUCCAGCAAUGCCAGCAGUAGCCCCCACAACAGCACCAGUAGCAACUGCACCACCGCCAGCACCAACUGUGCCGGUAACAGCAGCUGCAGCAGCAAGUGUAGUGGCUCCCACAGCUGUGAACAACCUGUUCGAGUCGAGCGUCUAUCCGGAUCCCUUCAAUGAGGCAGCCAUAGCAGUUGCACCUGUUGCAGCUGCCGGAACAGCCCCAACAGCAGCAGCAGCAACAGUUGUUGCCAACGAUGCCACCAGUGAAUUGCCAGAGACAUCACUCAAUGAAUUAGGCGUGACCGGCAGUGUCGGCACACCCACCAAGCACAUGCUCACACCGCCCAAAACGAGCGGCGCCGGACAUCGCAGGAAUGUCAGCGACACCUCGGCCUUCAAUAAAACCUUUGCCAAUGAGACCAGCCAGUUCCUGGCGCCGUAUAACAACAACAUUGCCAUGUGCGGAGAUGGACCGCCGAAUGCGUCGUUGGCCAGCGCUGCCUCCAAUCCGGGAAUCUAUGCCAGCAGCAGUGCCACGGUCACAUCCCUGUCCAGCAACGAGCUGGCGCGCCAGACCAUGGACAAGCGUGUGGAGGCCUGGAAUCCGUUCGAGGAGGAGCAGCCAUUCAGCCAAAUGACCGAGGAUCACAUAUUUGAGGUCGAGUUCGAUAAGAUAAGACAGCGGGGCAGCCAAGGCAGUAUAACAGCGAAAUCUGCAUCCACAACGUCAACGCUAACGCCCACGGAACAAAAUGUGGCUUCUGCACCAACAGCUGGAGCAAACGUAACGGCAACGACAGCCUUGACAGCUCCUCCUCCGGCUCCAAUGGGCGCGGCUGUGUCGCCCACUCCGGCAACUGCGCUGGCUGAGGAUCCGUUCGGCUCGGCGCCGUUCAGUUUGCCGCCCGGUCUGCGCGAGAAGGCGAGCUCGUUGCGCAAAACUGGAGCCAAAUUCAUUGUGAGCUGCUCGUCAGGCAGCGGUGGCACGCCCAGCAUCCCAGCAGCAGGCAAUGCCAUCUCAUCCAGUUCAUCCAAAUGGCUGCUGUCCCCGACACUAGAGGAGGACAAAACGUCGCUGAUAAGUCGUCUGAAAACGGACUCCGAUGGCGCUGGCCUCGGGCUGCAGAGUGAGAGCGGCUCUGUGGGCACGGGAUUCGUGAAGCUGCCGCUGGAGGAUCGCAACAAGUAUGAGAAGCUGCGCAGCAACGAUCAGCCCACAUCCGAUGACUCCGACUCGGAGUUCUUUCAGCAGGACAGCGACGAUGCUGGCGGCGGCGGCAUCGGCGUCGGCGUCGUCGUUGGCGGCGGCAGCGCCAAAAAGGCGGCCAUCUUUAAGCAGAUCGUGACGAACAACAUACCAGAGACCAUACACAAGAUCCAACAGGUGGCCUACCAGAAGGUGGACAAGACAACGCACCUGCCCAUUGUGAAGAAACUGCGCCAGACGGCGACCACAAAGCGACCCUCAUCGUCGGCACAGCAGGCGGCCCAGCAGCUGAACCUAAUGGCCGCCGCCGUGGCUGCCCAGGCAGCUCAGCAAGCGGCCCAAACGGCAGCGGCGGCGGCCAAUGGGGAAUCGGACGAUGAUGCCGAUUCCAUUGGCUCGGCCAGCGAUUUGCGUGCCGAGGAUGAUGAUCUAUUUGAUGAGAAUCCGCGCGCCACCCAGGCCAAGCCACGGCGUGUGGUGCCCCUGGAUAUGGACGGGAUCAGCGAGAGCGUCAAAACCUGCAGCAGUUCGGCUUAUCAUGCGGAGUGCGAGAGCGUCACCACACACGAGGAUGAUGUGCGCAGUCGCGUCGUGGUCAAGGUGCGCAUGCGCAAAAAGGAUCGCUCCGCAGCAGUGGCAGCGGCCAGCGGAGACGCCAAUACGGGCUGCGUGGGCAGUGGUGCCGGCAACGAGGAGCUGAGUCCCACGUCCAGUGAUUUGCUGCACAAAUUUGGCGAUCGUCCGCUGCUACUGGACGAUGAGCUGGACUAUGGUUCGGCGGAGAGCAAGAGCAGCAACGAAUCCUCAGCACCUGCAGCCAACGAACCUGCUGAGCCUGAAGAGCUGGACGUGUUUGCCAUGGCGCCCUUCAAGCUGCCCGUCGGCAAGCCGCUCAAGCGUGUAACAAAACCCAAACAGCCGCGCCCGCGACCCAGCGAACCGGAAAUGUGGACAUCCACGCCGGUCAAGGGUGCGCCCGAGACGCCGACCAGUCAGGCGGCAAACUUUGCCAAUUUCCCAGCACAGCAGGAGCAACUGCAGCAGGAGCAGCAGCAGCUGCAGCAACCGCAGCUCGAUGAGUUCAAUGAGCCCAUAUUCAAUCCAUUUAUCGAGCAGUCCAUUAACAAGGAGCAGCAGCAGCCACUGGAUGAUGGCGAGCAACGUGAUCUCUUUGGCUCGGAGCCAUUCCCACAGGUAAUACGCAAAUGUGUUGUCGUUACGCCCGAUCCGCUCCAGCUCCACUAUCCCAACCACAACAACAAUAACAACAACAACAAUGUGAUUAAAAUGAAUGCUGUUGCACCGGUUGUCACAAUCAAUCAUUCGAUAAUAAUUAAUAAAACGCCCGAACCGUUGUCCAACCACCAACCGAACAAGAGCUCCUGCAGUGUCUAUGUGAACGCCAUCAGCUCCUGCUCCUUGCCAGCUCCAGCUCCAGUUCCAGUACCUAGCACACAGCAUGCCCAGCCGCCUGCAAUCACAAUCGCCAUUGCAGCUGCAGCUGCAGCUCCAGCUCCAGCUCCAGCUUCAGCUUCAAUACCACCAGCACCACCAAUACAGCCCGCACCACACUUGCAGCCACUGCUGCCCAUUGCCGAUAAUGGUUUUGUGCAAAUCUCUCAAGAACGCUGCUCGGACUAUACACCCGACGAUGAGGAGGAGCCCGUGGUGCUGCGCUCUGCCCAGCUGGUGGCAGACAACGAUGCGCCAGCAGCAGCAGCAACUGCGACGGCUUCAGCCACGGCCUCCUCUGUUAAAGCCAAGAAGGAAAAGUCCCAUUUGGCUGUGAGAGCGCUGCCGGCCAAGCUCACCCAAAAGGUCAAGGGACAUGCCUAUAAAAAGGUGAGCGCUGGCGCCCUCGGUUCCACUUCAUCCCUCAGCUCGGGCAGCAAACAGAAGCAUCAUCGCCUCCAGUACCAAUCCCAUGACGACGAUGACGAUGUCAAUGUAGUCGGCGGCUUGGCUCAGGACGAGAAUCGCAGCAACUUUCAGUCGAAUACCAUUCAGAACUCCGCCAAGACGGGCUUCAGCAAUAUGAGCUUCGAGGACUUUCCAUCCGAUCAGGAGAUCGAUCGCAUGUCCAAGACGAUACCGUUCGAGGUGGUGCGUAAGGAGAAGAUGCUGCUCGAGGCUGAAAAGAAAUUCGGCUCGCUAAAGCGACGCAACAAUUUGUUCUCCUAAAACCGUUAACCGUUUACAGUUGCGUCUGUGCUUAUCGGCACGCUGUUAUCAGCGCUAGUGGAAAAUUCCUAA